CUGUUAAAAUCAAUAACCUUUGAAAUUAUUGUCAUUGGAGCUGCCAUUGUUUUUGGAGUUGUCAAGUUUCGUCACCUUUUGUCACUUUUUAUCAUCAUUGCUAGAACUUUCUGGUAUUACCAAAUUGUAAUCUUUGGAGUUUUCAUCGCUAGAGCUACCACUGUCUUUAAAAUUUUCGUUGCUAAAACUUUCUGG